AUGGCCCACUCUCACUCUCACGAUGCUGGCGUCAGCCACUCCCACGAUGACCCCUUCAACGGCCACGGCCACUCCCACGAUAUCCUCGAUGGUCCAGGCUCCUACGUCAACCGGGAGAUGCCACUGAUCGAGGGACGUGACUGGAAGGAUCGUGCUUUCACUAUUGGUAUUGGCGGACCAGUUGGAUCCGGCAAGACUGCACUGAUGCUGGCCCUUUCUCGGGCUCUGCGUGACGAGUAUAACAUUGCUGCUGUCACGAACGAUAUCUUCACCAGAGAAGACGCCGAAUUCCUAACCCGCCAUAAAGCCCUAGCCCCUUCUCGCAUCCGUGCCAUCGAAACAGGCGGCUGCCCACACGCCGCCGUGCGCGAAGACAUAAGCGCCAACCUGCUAGCGCUGCAAAAACUGCAAAAGCAAUUCCAAACCGACCUGCUACUAAUCGAGUCCGGCGGCGACAAUCUAGCAGCCAACUACUCGCGCGAGCUGGCAGACUUCAUCAUCUACGUGAUUGACGUUGCGGGCGGUGACAAGGUGCCUCGCAAGGGCGGGCCUGGAAUUACGGGGUCUGACUUGCUUGUCGUUAACAAGAUUGAUCUUGCGCCUGCUGUUGGUGCUGAUUUGAGUGUUAUGGAGCGCGAUGCGAAGAAGAUGCGUGAGGGAGGCCCGACUGUUUUUGCUGUUGUUAAGGAUGGGAAGGGGAUGGAUCAUAUUAUUAAUUUGAUUAUUAGUGCUUGGAAGGGGAGUGGUGCUUAUGAGGAGAGUUUGAGGAGGUGGAAGGAGGGUGCUGUGAGGGGUUCUGGGAGUGUUGAUGAGUAG